GUGGACCUCAGAUUCUGGCCUGCAGAACCCUCCUUUGGAAACUCAGGCGUCCUGGUCACACCCCCCAGAGCUGCUAGCCCUCGGCAUGGCCACUCCCUAAGCCCUGGGGCCCGGGGAACCAAAGCAUAGCCAGGCUCCAGCCGGCUUUUCCGGUUGGAGGUUGGAGGUGGUGCCCAGAGCGCCCUGGAGGGGGUGGGAGGCCCACGCCCCGGAAGUCCCGAGCCCUGGGACACGCUCUGGUCCCGUGGUGUGAGAGCUGGGACAGGUUCGGGAUACCUUGGAGCACGAUGAUCCCCGUGGCCGAGUUCAAGCAAUUCACGGAACAGCAGCCUGCGUUCAAGGUGCUCAAACCCUGGUGGGACGUGCUGGCUGAGUACCUCACAGUGGCUAUGCUCAUGAUCGGGGUCUUCGGCUGUACGCUGCAGGUGACGCAGGACAAGAUCAUCUGUCUGCCCAGUCACGAACCCCGGGAGAACUUUUCAGAGGCCCCGUGCCAGCAGCUAUUGCCUCGGGGGGUCACUGAGCGCAUGGCAGGCCUCCGGGAGCUGAGCGGCCUCAAGAACAACUUGGACCUACAGCAGUACAGCUUUAUUAACCAGCUCUGCUACGAGACGGCCCUGCACUGGUACGCCAAAUACUUCCCCUACCUGGUUGUCAUCCACACACUCAUCUUCAUGGUCUGCACCAGCUUCUGGUUCAAGUUCCCCGGCACCAGCUCCAAGAUUGAACACUUCAUCUCCAUCCUGGGCAAGUGUUUCGACUCACCAUGGACCACUCGGGCCUUGUCCGAGGUCUCUAGAGAGAACCACAAAGGCCCAGCCGCCGGGCGGGCCACGGUGAUCGCAGUGGCUUCAGCAGGGACCGGGUCUGGCAAAGUAAGUGAGGGUGAGAAGGAGAAAGUGCUCGCAGAACCUGAGAAGGUGGUGACUGAGCCUCCAGCGGUCACCCUGCUGGACAAGAAGGAGGGCGAACAGGCCAAAGCCCUGUUUGAGAAGGUCAAGAAGUUCCGAGUGCAUGUGGAAGAGGGGGACAUCCUCUACACUAUGUACAUCCGGCAGACGGUGCUCAAAGUAUGCAAGUUCUUGGCCAUCCUGGUCUACAACCUGGUCUACGUGGAGAAGAUCAGCUUCCUGGUGGCUUGCAAGGUGGAGACCUCUGAGGUCACCGGAUAUGCCAGUUUCUGCUGUAACCACACCAAGGCCCAUCUCUUCUCCAAGCUGGCCUUCUGCUACAUCUCCUUCGUGUGUGUCUACGGGAUCACCUGCCUGUACACGCUCUACUGGCUGUUCCACCGGCCCCUCAAGGAGUACUCCUUCCGAUCCGUGCGCGAGGAGACAGGCAUGAACGACAUCCCCGACGUCAGGAAUGACUUCGCCUUCAUGCUGCACCUCAUCGAUGAGUACGACUCGCUGUACUCCAAGCGCUUCGCUGUCUUCCUCUCUGAGGUCAGUGAAAGCCGCCUGAAGCAGCUCAACCUCAACCACGAGUGGACACCAGAGAAGCUGAGGCAGAAGCUGCAGCGCAACUCUCGGGGCCGGCUGGAGCUGGCGCUCUGCAUGCUCCCCGGACUGCCUGACACCGUCUUCGAGCUCAGCGAGGUGGAGGCCCUCAGGCUAGAGGCCAUCUGUGAUAUCGCCUUCCCCCCAGGGCUGUCACAGCUUGUGAACCUGCAGGAGCUCAGCUUGCUGCAUUCGCCAGCCAGGCUGCCUUUCUCUUCCCAGAUCUUCCUGCGGGACCGCCUGAAAGUGAUCCGGGUCAAAUGCGAGGAGCUCCGUGAGGUGCCCCUCUGGGUGUUUGGGCUUCGUGGCUUGGAGGAGCUGCACCUGGAGGGGCUUUUUCCUCCAGAGCUGGCUCGGGCUGCUUCCCUUGAGAGCCUCCGGGAGCUGAAGCAGCUCAAAGUGCUGUCCCUGCGCAGCAACGCCGGGAAGGUGCCGGCCAGCGUGACCGACGUGGCUGCGCACCUGCAGCGGCUCAGCCUGCACAACGAUGGUGCGCGCCUGCUCGCCCUCAACAGCCUCAAGAAGCUGGCAGUCCUUCGGGAGCUGGAGCUGGUGGCCUGCGGGCUGGAGCGCAUCCCCCACGCCAUUUUCAGUCUAGGCGCGCUGCAAGAGCUUGACCUCAAAGACAACCACCUCCGGUCCAUUGAGGAGAUCCUCAGCUUCCAGCACUGCCGGAAGUUGGUCACGCUCAGGCUGUGGCACAACCAGAUCGCCUAUGUCCCAGAGCACGUGCGGAAGCUCCGGGGCCUUGAGCAGCUCUACCUGAGCCACAACAAGCUUGAGACCCUGCCCAUGCAGCUCGGCCUGUGCUCCAGCCUCCGUCUGCUGGAUGUAUCCCACAAUGGGCUGCAUUCCCUGCCACCCGAGGUGGGCCUCCUCCAGAACUUGCAGCAUCUGGCUCUCUCCUACAAUGCCCUCGAAGCCUUGCCGGAUGAGCUGUUCUUCUGCUGCAAGCUUCGGACAUUGCUUCUGGGCUAUAACCACCUCGGCCACCUCUCACCCCAUGUGGCGGCCCUCAGGGCCCUCAGCCGCCUGGAGCUCAAGGGCAACAGGUUAGAGGCGCUGCCGGAAGAACUGGGCAACUGCCCGGGACUGAAGAAAGCGGGGCUGCUGGUGGAGGACACCCUUUAUGCAGGGCUGCCUCCUGAAGUUCGGGACAGGAUGGAAGAGGAAUGAAGUCAGUGGGGAGCAGGUUGAAGAAAAGGACUUCGGAUGCUUCCACCCCUGCCUUGCCAAGGGGCCCCACCCGGAGAGGAGGGGCAAAUGUGUCAGCUUUGUGGGGUCCAGACUAGAUCCUGAGACUGGUUUCUUUGGAGUGAGAGACAGGAAGUUGUGGAUUUGCGGUGGAACCUAUGUGGAAAUAUAAACCAGUCAUAGAAGCCUUAGCUCAAAACCACACCUGUGUCUUUGGCUGGCUGGCCUGCCCUCCCUCUGGGCAUUCCAGCUCCAUUAGUGUCAUGGAUGGGAGCGGGAGCAUAUCCCAAUGGGAUCUCCAGCCCGCUGCCCCACCAACAAAGCAGCUUACAUCUGUGGUCCUCUCCCAAGGAGGGGACACAGGCACAAAGGACCAGUUCCUACACCUCCAUUCCCACUUGGAUGCUAUUUUCUUACUUAUAAGUAGUUUGCUGCAGACACGUGUACUUGGAUUUGGCUCUGCACCAAAAUCCACUGAGGAGCCAGGACGGAAUGAAACAACCCAGGCCCCACCCCUAAAAGACUGACUCAGGAGCUUUGGGUGGGGGCCAGGAACCAGCUUGUAAAUAACCAUGCCCCAUAAUUCUAAUGCAGGUGGUCCUAGGACAGUAUGAUGGAAAGGGCUAGCCUCAAGAGUAUGGGUACCUUAAUGUCUAGAUUCUGAGCCCCUUUCAUGGCCUAGACUCAGAAUCUGAUGAAAGCUGGGCACCUCCUCCUUCGGCGAAAUGUUCAUACACGCAAAACUCUGCGCACAACCUGCAGGCAGUCCACAAGGGCUAUUCAUGGACUUCCUAAGGUUGGCCGACUCCAGGUUAAGAACACGUGUCUUGGAGACUACAUUUUUCCCAAGACAUGGAGAGCUGUUGUCUUUUGGACGUUCCCUGGGUGAGGGAGCGUAGAGCGUAGAGUGGGCGCACAAUAAAUAAUAAUUAUAAUCCGA